AUGGUCGUCUACUACCAGAUCGCCGGCAAGAAGGUCGGCUCCCACGUCCUCGCCAUGGCCACUCUCGGCACGAUCUUCGCUGGUUCCUGGGCUGCCGCCGGUGGUGGCUCCAAGCCCAAGACCGCCGCUGGACCCCCCAUCAACGCUUCCUCCAAGGAAGAGGGUGAUUUCAUCCAGAACUUCUUGAAGGAGGUUGACGGAGGCGACAAGAAGCCCGCUUCCGGACACUAA